GUUUGUGAUGUUGGUUAGUUGGUGGUUUUGGGGUUAUCUGUGGUAGGGAAGGUGACGCCGUUUUGUAUGCACGUGGUUGGAUAUCAUGGCUGAGAAUACAAACCCUGUGAUGGGGGGUGCAGAAAAGGUGAAAAAGAAGAAGAAAAAGAAGGUUUACAAGUUACUGGGCGAAGUGCAAUGUAAGACUGACUUCCAGCUUGAAUCAUCAGAACAUGUGCAGCCUCUGGACACAUCACAGUGGCCGCUGUUGCUGAAGAACUUCGACAAGUUGUGUUGCCGGACAAAUCAUUACACCCCACUGCCAUUUGGAGCUUCACCGCUCAAGAGGGACAUACGUGAAUAUGUGCGUUCAGGAUACCUAAACCUUGACAAGCCUUCUAACCCAAGUUCUCAUGAAGUAGUGGCAUGGGUUAAGAGGAUACUGAAAGUGGAAAAAACUGGUCAUUCUGGAACACUGGAUCCCAAAACUACAGGCUGUCUGAUCGUGUGCAUUGAGAAAGCAACGCGGCUUGUCAAGUCCCAGCAGAAUGCAGGAAAGGAGUAUAUAUGUGUCUUCAAACUGCAUUCAGCGGUAGACAGCGAGAAGAAGGUUUCGCUGGAGCUGGAGCGACUGAAAGGGGCUCUUUUCCAACGACCACCACUAAUUGCAGCAGUGAAGAGGCAGUUACGCGUGAGAACUAUUUAUGAGAGUAAAUUGUACGAGUAUGACAUGGAGCGCAACAUGGGUAUUUUCUGGGUGAAGUGUGAGGCUGGAACAUACGUGCGCACAAUGUGCGUGCACUUGGGACUUCUGCUUGGAGUUGGGGGGCAGAUGCUGGAGUUGCGCCGCAACAGGUCGGGCAUACAGUCGGAGGAAGCUGGCCUGGUAACGUUGCAUGAUGUGCUGGAUGCUCAGUGGUUAUAUGAGAAUCACAAGGAUGAAUGCUAUCUUCGCAGGGUGAUCCGUCCACUUGAAGGCUUGCUGAUCAGCCAUAAGCGGAUCAUCGUGAAGGACAGUGCGGUGAAUGCUGUGUGCUAUGGAGCAAAGAUCAUGUUGCCAGGUGUGCUGAGGUAUGAGAACGGCAUUGAGCUGAAUGAGGAGAUUGUGAUUGUGACAACGAAGGGAGAGGCUGUUGCACUAGCCAUCGCACUUAUGACCACUGCCACAGUAGCCGGCUGUGACCAUGGUAUCGUCGCUAAGAUCAAACGUGUAAUCAUGGAUCGGGACACAUAUCCCAGGAAAUGGGGCUUGGGACCCAAGGCAUCUGCUAAAAAAACAUUGAUCAAACAAGGAUUGUUGGAUAAAUUUGGGAAACCAAAUGAGCAGACACCAAGUUCAUGGCUGACUAGCUAUGUGGACUACAGUUCUGUCAAGAAGGAACAGCAUGUGGAGGAACAGUCACGCAAGCGUAAGCUGAGUGCAUCCCCAGCCUCCUCCCCGCCCUUUCCGGGCACCACACUUGUAGAGAAGGAAAAGAAGACGAAAAUGGACGUGGAUGAGGCAAAAGAUGUGGGAGUACAAGAAGAGGAGACAGUUGUGAAGGAAAAGAAGAAGAAAAAGAAAAAGGACAAGGAAAAGGUCAAGAUUACUCAGGAGGCUAUGGAGGAGAUAUAAUGAGGACUAUUUUACUCAUUGUAGAACUUCAGUUGCCAGUUUCUCACAAAAUGCAUUGCAGUGUUUUCUGCAAGUUGCAGGUAGCUGUGGCAAGUCAGCUGAUUCUGUCAGAUGCCUAUAUCUGAUAAGUCCAAAAGUUUGGGCCCCUAAGUUUUGCAAAGUGAGUUCUACUUUGCAUGAAUUUGAUAAAUACUUUGUGAUGAAUGUCUUUGCUUAUUAUUGGUAAAUGUUUUAAAUUCAGCAUUUUACAUUAUGUACAUAUAAGGCUUGAUAACCAUUAAUAAAAUAAUAAUUGUUUAA